AUGAUAACCAUUUACAAGGAACACCUGAAAGGCAGUCACCACUUCAGCCGCGUAUUCGCGUACGUGCUCCUAAGCUUGCGAAAUAAGGAAAACUUCUUUAAGAAGAGAUCCCUCAGGGGAGACCCUUUUUUUAGCAACUGGGAAAAAUCGCAUUACGUGAAGAAGAGAACACUAAGCGACAGUAGGAAGAAGAAGAAGAAAAAAAACCUAGUCAUCCAUUUUGCCACCAGUCAAAUCAGCUAUUUUUACUUUCACUACUUUGUGUAUAUAUUGUUGCCAAAACUGAGAUGUCUGUCUGACUGCGAAAAGAGGAACAUUCUGGACAACGUCUAUUUGGUCGAUCGCAGGAACAACGAUGAGAAUGUGAAGGGACAUAUAUACAACAAAAUUAAGCAAGGGGUAAGUAACAUUAUUUUUUCCGACCAUGUGCUAGCCAAAGAGGAAUAUGAUUACACACACACGUUGGGAUUAUUUUUAGAAAAUACCCUCUUCAUGGACAUACUCGAAAAUGCAAAGGUGAGAAAGGUAAGGCGGCAACAUGCACACUGCUUUAAGAGCAUAACGAGGCAGCGCCUUUGGAGCAAUACACAAAUGAGCAGGCUUCACUCGGACAGAAGUAAAAACCACUUUGCAUGUAGAAGCUGCUUGUAUGGGACGUAUUUCUGGAGGAGUCGCCACCCCAGUGAAUACAACGUAGUGACCAUACGGAAGAGAAAUGCAAACUUAAGUGCCUUCGAAGAAUUCAAUGAGAUAGUUCAAGACAUUAACAAUAAUGUGCAAUGGGUUAACCAUCACUCUUUUUAUAAAUUUUACCAAACGGCAUAUGUCAGUUUUUUAAAUCAUCGUAUGAGCCUCUUGCAGAGCUUUCUUGAAAUGGUAAUAAGGAGAUACGAGGGGGGGACUGCGGGAGGAGAAGUGGGACAGGAAAAAAGAAAAAAAAAAAAAAACCUCGCAUAUAUAUUCUUUGAACGUAAGGAUUACAUUCUAAACGCUCGUCUAUUUCCCGACUUCGUCACUAAGAAAGCUAUUUACAUCGAUUUCUACGAUGCUGCAAAUCUGUACGUGAAGUAUUUACAGCUGUUAGAAAGGGUAAGCUCUUUUUCAGGCUGUCCACGCGAAGGAGAUUUAGCGGCAAAUGGGGAUAAUAAUCUUUCGAAAAAAUCCAGCGACACGAAAAGAAAGAGCCUCCUUCGGGAAAUCAAAAAAGAUCUGAACCUACAUGUGUGGAGUAGGGACCAAAAGGAGAGCUUCUACUCUGAUUUGGUGAAAAUGAAGUUCCGAAAGUUUUACAAUUAG